AUGUUUGGCAGCUCCCAGGUGAAGGGAGUUGAGGGGAGGGGAGGGGCGGGAAGAGCGCAGGACCUUGGCCGGUGCUGCAACGAGCUUCCAAAGGUUAGCCUCCUGUUGCUAAGCGACGCGUCAACACUGCGGUCGGUGGCUCCACCCCCAGUGACGUACGUUUCCUGGGACUUAACCCGGAAGUGCGGCCGACCGCGGGCGGCGGGCGGCGUGAGGAGAAACUGUGCGCUCGAACUACGACUCCCAGAAGGCCGUGGGCUGCUCCCGGUCUGCGCGUGCGUCCUCCGACGGCCGGGCGCCGGGGCGGGGAGUCCGGGCGGACUGAAGCCCGGAGCGCUCCGCCUGAGGGAGGCGCGGGCGGGCGCCCGAGCGCGCAGAGGCCCCCUCUUGCCCAGCAGUGCGCACCUGCCCGUGACCAUGAUCGGUACGUGGUGCCUGUCAGUGUUCGUGAGGUUCAACUCCAGCCACGGAUUCCCAGUGGAGGUGGACGCUGCCACCAGCAUCUUCCAGCUCAAGGAGGAGGUUGCUAAGCGACAGGGGGUUCCAGCCGACCAGCUGCGCGUGAUUUUCGCGGGGAAGGAGCUCAGGAAUGACCUGGUGGUGCAGAGCUGCGACCUGGGCCAGCAGAGCAUCGUCCACGUCGUGCUGAGACCCGGGAGAGAAGGCCCCACGAUGGCCACCGGCGGGGACCAUCCCCAGGGCACUGCAGGGGCCUUCGUGAGGGAGCCCGAGAGCUUGACCCGCGUGGACUUCAGCAGCUCCGUGCUCCCCACCGACUCCGCGGGCCUGGCCGUCAUUCUGCACGACGACAGAGAGGGCGCUGCGCAGACAGCGGGCAGACCAGGUAGACCGGCCUACAACAGCUUCUUCGUCUACUGCAAGGGCCCCUGCCAGCGGGUGCAGCCCGGGAAGCUCCGGGUGCGGUGCGGCACCUGCCAGCAAGCCACGCUCACCUUGGCCCAGGGCCCGUCCUGCUGGGACGACGUGCUGAUCCCGAAGCGGAUGAGGGGUGAGUGCCAGUCGCCAGGCUGCCCCGGGACCAGCGCGGAAUUUUUCUUUAAAUGUUCGGCGCACCCGACCUCUGACAAAGAAACAUCAGUAGCUUUGAACCUGAUCACCACAAACAGCCGGGACAUCCCCUGCAUCACGUGCACCGACAUCAGGAGCCCCGUCCUGGUUUUCCAGUGCAACCACCGCCACGUGAUCUGCUUGGACUGCUUCCACCUGUACUGCGUGACCAGACUCAACGACCGGCAGUUUGUCCACGACCCCCAGCUGGGCUACUCGCUGCCGUGUGUGGCCGGCUGCCCCGACUCCUUGAUUAAAGAGCUCCAUCACUUCAGGAUCCUCGGGGAAGAGCAGUACGGCCGCUACCAGCACUACGGCGCCGAGGAGUGCGUGCUGCGCAUGGGCGGCGUGCUGUGCCCGCGCCCCGGCUGCGGCGCCGGGCUGCUCCCCGAGCCCGGGCAGAGGAGGGUCACCUGCGAGGGCGGCGGCGGCCUGGGCUGCGGGCUCGUCUUCUGCCGCGACUGUAAGGGCGCCUUCCACGAGGGGGCGUGCAGCGCCCUGGCCGCCGCCUCAGGGGCAGCCGCUCAGGCCUUCCAGGUGGACGCGCGGGCGGCCGAGCAGGCCCGCUGGGAGGAGUCCUCCCGGGAGACGAUCCAGAAGACCACCAAGCCCUGCCCGCGCUGCCGCGUGCCCGUGGAGAAGAACGGCGGAUGCAUGCACAUGCAGUGCCCGCAGCCCCAGUGCCAGCUGGAGUGGUGCUGGAACUGCAGCUGCGAGUGGAGCCGCGCCUGCAUGGGCGCCCACUGGUUCGACGUGUAGCUGCCGCCGGCCCGCCGUCGGCUCCGGAGCUCCGUGUCCAGCGGCGCCCGCCACUCUCCCUUUCUCCCGCACACACGCAUGCACACAUAUGCACACACGCACAUUCGCACACUCACACAUGUGCACACACGUGUGCACACAAAGAAAGACGCACACACAUGUACACCGUUCUUUCCAAAAUGGCAAAACCAGGUGUGGCAGCCCCCGGCCGCGCGCUGAUUGUGCCGCCGGUGAGGCCACGAGCAGCCUGGGCUCGGCCGCUCGCACAGAGCACCGGCGUGAAGCCGCCUCCGGGGGCCUCCAUCCUCCCCGGGGCCUCCAUCCGGGGAGCUGGGCCGCUGGGGGAGGACAGAGGCGCCGCGGCUUUAACUCCGGCGUCCCCCUCGGCCGGUGCGGGGAGAAGCGCUGGUGGGAGGUUCGAGCGUCUGUCGGGUUCGAGGCCGGUGGCCACGGACUCUCAGGCCUGCACCCGCCCCUCCGCGCGGGGGUCUGCCUGGCGGGCUCUCCGAGCCCGGCUUCCCACGGAGGCCGCCGCCCCGCUGUCCCCGAGGGUCCCGCUCCGAGGGCCGAGUCUCGAGCUGCACAAACCGGCGUGUGGCCCACAGGAGGGGCCCCGAGGGCUGACUCCACGCACUCGCACGCCACUUCCUUACUUGCCAUUUUGGAGACUGUUUUUCUGAAAAUAUUACAAAUCUACCGUUUGCCUGCAGACAUUCAUGCCAGCCCACGCGGCUGCGCUGUGAACCGCGUGGCCAGGCGCCCUGGAGGGGGCGGCCGGCAGUGGGUGCCCCGGUGCCAGGCCGCGGGCCGUUGAGCAGACUCUCCUGGGGCGGGUCCGGGCCCCCAAAGUGAGCGGCGCCUGCUGCCGGCCGGCAGCCCUCCUGCGGGCACGGGCUGAUGGGGGCUAGCUUCCCCUCGCUGGUAACACCUCUGCCCUCGGCUCGGCUCCUCGGGCGAUGGUGACGGCGGGCGGAACCGCCCACGGCACUGGGUCCCUUUGCUCCUUUGCUGAGAGGGGAGGGGAGGGGCCUCGGAGAAUGCCCCCCGGCCACCUGCCCUCUGUCCCGAACCCCCACCCGGGGUCAGUCCUUCCCGCUCCCCCUGCGGCCUCGCUCUGCCAGCGUGGCCCCCCGCCAGCUCGGUGGGCAGCCCGCGGCCGGAGGGAUCGUGGGGCCGGUCUGGCCGCGGGAGGGAAGGUCCGAGGCUGAGCCCCACGAGCAUGGCCGGCGCUGCUCCGUCUGAAACCCUCAGGCCAGGCGUCCUCUCCCGACAAUCCCAGCGAGCAGCCGCUGCCGCACCGACCCCCGCCCCUCGACGUGACACCUGGGGGACCCCUCGCCACGUGGGCACCCGUCCGCAUCCUCCGGCUCCGCGCUGUCCGGUGCGUGGCGGGGGGCUGGCUCCCACGUCAGGCACAGGAGGCCGGUCCCGCUCCUUCCCUGGCGGCCGGUGUUGUUUGCUUUUUCCAGAAUAGAAUGCGGACCCUUGCCGUGCGCUAACGAACAGCCAGCCGCUGUGCGGGAGUGUGACCGUGACGCCUCCGGAGCGGGAGCGCAGGAAGGAGCACACGGGCCCUGCGAGCGGCCCGUCCUCUGACCGCCCGGCGGCUCCGUUCAGAUUGUCAAUAAAAGCUGCUGA